GGUGAGUUCUCUCUGUUUUAUAUAUAUACAAAAAAUAAAAAUAGAAAAUGAAUGAAAUUUGAUAUUCAAAAAUCAAAACCCUUCUCCUAAGUCUUCUCUUUGUAUUCCCCUCUUCACCAAAAUCAAUUACUCUCUUUUCCCUCUUUCUCUCCUCCCUUUUUCUCUCUCUAAACAUAUAGAUACAGUAAAAUAUAUAUAUAUAUAUAUAUAUAUAUAUAUAUAUAUAUAUAUAUAGAGGUAGGAAUUUGUGGGUUGGUGGGGGUGGUGAAGAAGAAGAUGAGUAGCAACAACAGUGGAGUCGGUGGAGGAGGAGCUAGGGUUUCAAUCCCAAGCACUGUGAAGAAAACGAUCCACAACAUCAAGGAGAUCACUGGGAAUCACAGUGACGAUGAGAUAUAUGCAAUGCUCAAGGAAUGUUCGAUGGAUCCCAAUGAGACUGCACAAAAACUUCUUUAUCAGGAUACAUUCCAUGAAGUAAAAAGGAAACACGACAGAAGAAGAGAGAAUUUGAACAAGGAGUCUGCUGAGCCAACGUGGAAACCAGCUAUGCAGGGGAGGGGGAACAAGGGGAGUCGGGGAAACUUCACUCCUCGCCAUGUCUUGCUUGAUGUUGGUGGUGGAAGGAACUCUAGACCUGAUAAGGAAAAUGGAGCCAGUCAUGUUUCUGGAAAGAGUGUCAAUCCAUCUUCCGUGCCUACUGUUGAGGGGAAGAAUACUUCAAGCUCAUCAAGUGCCAGAGCCAUUCGUCCUGGUGUUGUAGCUUUUGGGAGUAACAAUGUUGUACCUAAUGCACAUGCAUCAGCAGGAAGAGGGAUUAAGCAAUCUGAAGCCACUGCGGGUGCUGGCUCUAUUAAGUCGGAGGAACCUCUGCAAUCUGCAAGUCAUGAUGCGAACAGAAGCCCUAGAGUGUCUGUGGGAACCAGGGAUAUGCUUGGACAGAAAAUGCCAAACUUCAGCAACUCUUCAACAUCCUUGUCUUCACCACCUUCGUCAGGAGCUUAUUUUUCAGCGUCUGAUCCUGUUCUUUUGCCAUCUCAUGAUUCACGACCCCUUGGUGCAGUAGGCACAAUCCGAAGAGAAGUCGGUAGCCAGCGUGCUCCAUUUGAAAAUUUUCCUACCAACUCUAACGGAAGCAAGACAGCCACUGAGGUUUCUGACUCUAGAAGUUCAACUGUACAAGCAAACAUGUCAAGCAAAUUCCAGGGGCUUGUAAAGAAUCCGCUUCUAGAGAACCCACAAAGUGCUUCUUCGGCUCAGGGUGUUUCUUCUCUUAGUAGACCUACACCUAAUUACAAUAACCGAUCACCACUGGUUGGGCCACAAAAAGCUGGUCCUGGUAUGGAAUGGAAGCCAAAGCCUACAAACAAUAGUAUUGCUCAAAUUUCUGUUUCAUCUGCUGCUGGUUCAUCUGAUGUUUCUACAGUUUCUACUGAAGUUGAUACUCAGCCGCAGCCUCCAGGUGUCGAUGUUGAAACAAGGGAAGGGACUUUGGAACUGCAGCAGAAGUUAGAAAAAUCACACAUUUCAGAUAUUCAGUAUGUUAUUAUCCCUAACCACCUUCAUGUGCCCGAGGUGGAAAAACUUGGUUUCUGUUUUGGAAGUUUUGAAGCUAGCCUGAGUUUACGCAUCAGCACAAACAGUGCUGCUGAGAGUGAAAAGACUCUAUCACUCUCUGGAACUUCUGAGGAUAUCGAAGAAACAAUAAAUGAUCAGUUGUCGAGUGAUCAAAAUCCAUCAGCAGCUGCAGAGGGUGCCAAUUGUUCUGAUCAAUCUCCGCCAUCAGGUGGGCAGGAGAAUUUGUCUGCAAAGACAGAAGAUGUCUCAUCCUCCAUUCCCGAGUACAGUGAAUCUAAGCAAGGGACUCUGCAAGGAGGUCAUCAGUAUUCAGUUGUUCAUACAUCCCCAAACUACAGUUUUGGUUUUGUGCCACCAACAUUAGGCAGCCAGCUUGCACCUUUUGAAAUCUCUGAAUCACAGUCUCGUGAUGUUUCUCGUCUUCCAAACUUUGUCGUUCAGCAACCAAUUGACCCAACAAGCUACUAUGCCCAGUACUAUCGCUCCAGUGUCGAUGGUGAUGGCCGCAUUUCACCUUUUCAUUCAGCGGGAGUUUCUACCAAGUACAACGGCAAUGUUGCAGUUGUGCCUCCACAAACUUCUCAAGAGGGAGGAAAUGCUCCAACAUCACUUGCAACUCAAGCUGCUGGCAUUAUGCAGUGUUCAGCAGCUGUAACUCAACAAUCCCUCCCUGUAUUUCGACAAGCUACAGGGAUGCAUUUGCCUCAUUAUCCUCCAAAUUAUAUCCCAUAUGCUCACUACUUCUCUCCAUAUUAUGUUCCUCCAACAGCCAUCCAUCAAUUCUUAAGCAAUGGUGCAUUUCCCCAGCAACCUCAGGCUGGUAGUGUGUAUCCACCUCCUCCAGCCGCUGCUCCCAGAUACUCACCUUCACAAUAUAGAUCAGGAGCUAAUGUAGGAAAUUCAACUCACAAUGGAGUGCCUGGGACGUAUGGGCCAUAUGGAUCCUCUACAUCCAACUAUACCCCUGUUUCGACUACAGGAGGUGGAAACCCUGCUUCUAAUGAGGAUCCUUCUGCUUCUUCCUUCAAGGAUAGCCAACAACAGAGUGAGGGCUCAGGUGUGUGGAUUACUCCAGGUCGAGAUUUAUCCAGCUUGCAAGCAAGUUCUUUUUUCAACCUACCCCAGGGUCAAGUGGCUUUUACUCCCACACAACCUGGCCAUGGAAUCAUUGCUGGUCUUUAUCAUCCAGCACAACCAGUGACAGCACAGACUGUUCACCCACUUAUGCAACAGUCACAGACCAUGUCUGGUCCAAUUGAUAUGGUUGGACCCACAGCCACUGUGUAUCAGCAGCCUCAUCAUUCACAAAUUAACUGGCCAAGCAGCUACUAAGGAGCUGGUCCUGCCAUUUGUAAACCGGAAAGAAAAUGAAAUUCUUAAAUACAAUUUUGGGGGUUACAAUUAGUUUGGAGACGGAGGAAGUAUCUAGCACGUGCCUAAAAGACAAGCACUGUGCAGGUUGACUGUAAAUCUAUUAGACCCCUCCCUGGAAAAAAGGAAAAAAGACGAGGUAUCUCUUUUCUUGCUUGGGAUUGAGGAUUCAAAGGGUAAAGUCCUCCUGUAACGAAUAGUGACAUUCUUUAGUUUGUAGCAGGUAUAAGCAUAUCAGUUUUCGUUUACAUUUUGUUAGCCCUUCAAUAGUUUUCAGCAUUAACUCUUUUUCUUUUUGGUAUUUUUUUUCACAUUUCUUUCGUAUGUAUCCUUCUAUUGGUAGGUUAGGACUGUUAAAAGCAAUGAGGGGUUUAGGGGAUUUUCAUAAUUUCUCUCUUUUUGCUUCCAAUCAUCUUCAUCUGUAAAGUUAGUUUUGACAUUUAAAAAGGGAUGUACUUGGGACUCUUGUUAUUGGUGCUUCCAGAUGCUGAUUCAGUUUUGCAUGUGGGGGUAAAUUGAUUGAUAUAAUGCAGCUUUUAAAGAGCUUGUUGAAAAAUUAUGGAAUCUUGCUUGUGCCCAA